AUGGAAGCUUGCUACUCCCAAGAUAUAUUUAAUGCCACUUCGUACAAUGUCAUGGCUAUGGUCAUCAUCACACUUCAGGCAUCUGCUGGCAUGUGGAUAAAUGCUUUCAUGGUUUCUGUGCUUUCCAUUGCUUGGGUCAAAAAGAAAAGCGUUAACUCUAAUGAGAAGAUCUUGCUGUUUCUGGGAGGCUCCAGGUUUUGGUAUUGUUGCUUCACAUGGGUACGUUCCUUUUUUUCAAUAUUAUAUCCCUGGUGCUUUCAUGUUCACCCCAUACCCCAACUAUUUGCAGCUAUUCAAAGCUUUUUAAAUUCUUCCAACUUGUGGAUUUCUGCCUGUCUUUGUGGGUUUUAUUGUAUAAAAAUUGCAAAUUUCAGUCACAUCAUCUUCAUCUAUCUGAAAGCCAGAAUUGACAGGAUUGUGCCAUGGCUGCUGCUGGGUUCAGUGAUUUUAUCCCUGUUCAUGUGCAUCCUUGUCUACGACAUCACUGACAGAGCGCACUAUAACAACCUCAAUUUCACCACCUUAGGAAAUUUCUGGAAACCGAGUAUCAGAAUGGAUGAACAUCUUUUCCCUCUUUUUUUCAUAAGUGGCUUUGGAUUUGCCCUUGCAUUCACAGCAGUAAUCUUUUCUGCCCUUCUCCUCCUCUUCUCUCUCUGGAGACACAAACACAAGAUGCAGACAAACUCAAUGAAGAACCUCAGCAUGGAUGCCCAUAUCAAAGCCAUGAAAUUUAUUCUGUCCUUCUUCGUAAUUUACAGCAUUAAUUUUAUAUGUGUGGUCUUGACACUGAUUUAUGCCACAAAGAAGGAAAAUUCUAUGACAUUUCUUCUUUUAGUACUUCAGUAUUCUUUUCCGGCUGUUCAUUCCCUUACUCUGAUCUUCAGCAAUCCCAAACUGGAAAAGACACUGCUAAGGAUUCUGCCCUGUCUGAAGUGCAAGGUUUGUGUGAGGUAG